UUUUUAUUAUUCUUAGAUCUGCUUAUAUUCUUCUACCUUUGGUUUGCGGAGACAUGAAAUGAAAUUCUUUGAAAUAAAUUUACCGACGUUUGAUCUGAUCUACUGUGAACUUUUUGUUUUUGUAAAAUUUGGGCUUGAUUCAUUAGAUCUAUUGAUAUUUACUAUUACUGCAUUUGCUUGCAAAUCGGUGGUGUUUAAAUCUGUUAGAUCUGUAUCAUACCCUUACUUACAGUUAGAUUCUUUAGAUCUGUUGAUGUUGUUGAUUGGAACGGCGUUGUCAAUUUGAUUAAUCUUGUUCGUUGCUUUGCGUUGCUUUUAGGCACACUCCAUUUGACCCUUUAAAAUAGAUCAUUUCACCACCUUCAGAUCAGCGGCUGCUUCUGCCUUUUGAAACUUUAGUGGAUGCAAAAUGGAAGUUAGAAUGGAUCAGGUUCAACACCCAACUGUCAUGCGGAAGGUAGCAGGCCAUCUCCUUCAUUCUAGCCUUUCCCAAGAUGUUCAUGGGUAUGAUGGGUCUUUUGGGAGGCCUGCUCUGUACCAAAGGCGUGUUGCAUAUGGGAAUUACUCAAAUGCUGCACUGCAGUAUCCUAUUGUCCGUGCAUGUGGAGCUACCAGUGACCUGUCUAUGGUUCCAUCAACAGCAUCUGCUGUUUGUGUUCAAGCCCCUGCUGAAAAAGGCUUUGCCAGCUUUGCUAUUGAUUUCCUCAUGGGUGGAGUUUCUGCUGCUGUAUCUAAAACAGCUGCUGCUCCAAUUGAGCGUGUUAAGCUUUUGAUUCAGAACCAGGAUGAAAUGAUCAAAACUGGUAGGCUCUCUGAACCCUACAAGGGUAUUAGUGAUUGUUUCAAGCGAACAAUUCAAGAUGAAGGAUUUGUUUCUUUGUGGAGAGGAAACACUGCCAAUGUUAUUCGUUAUUUCCCCACUCAGGCCUUGAACUUUGCUUUCAAGGAUUACUUUAAGAGGCUUUUCAACUUCAAGAAAGACAGAGAUGGUUACUGGAAAUGGUUUGCUGGGAACUUGGCAUCAGGAGGUGCAGCUGGUGCUUCCUCCCUUCUCUUUGUCUACUCCCUGGAUUAUGCUCGAACCCGUCUUGCCAAUGAUGCAAAGGCUGCAAAGAAGGGAGGAGAGAGGCAAUUCAAUGGUCUUGUUGAUGUCUAUAGGAAGACCUUAAAAUCUGAUGGUAUUGCUGGGCUUUACCGUGGUUUCAAUAUUUCAUGUGUUGGAAUCAUAGUUUAUCGUGGUCUAUACUUUGGAAUGUAUGACUCUCUAAAGCCAGUGGUUUUGACCGGAAAGUUGCAGGAUAGUUUCUUUGCUAGCUUUGCCCUUGGUUGGCUCAUCACUAAUGGCGCUGGCCUUGCAUCCUACCCAAUUGACACUGUUCGUAGAAGAAUGAUGAUGACUUCUGGCGAAGCAGUCAAAUACAAAAGCUCACUUCAUGCAUUUUCUCAGAUCUUGAAAAAUGAGGGUGCCAAAUCUCUAUUUAAAGGUGCUGGAGCUAACAUACUCCGUGCUAUUGCUGGGGCUGGUGUGCUUGCUGGAUAUGACAAGUUGCAGCUCAUUAUGUUAGGAAAGAAAUAUGGAUCUGGUGGUGCUUGAUCUUGGGUGCGUGCUCUUUCUUUUCUGGAUUGCUUGUUUCAAUCUCUGUAAUAAGCUCUCCACAAGGAGCACCUUCCCUUUUUAUGGUUCUGACCUUAAAUGUUAUAAUUUGGAAGUUCUGUUUCGAUUAGCUUAUGAGAAACUCAGCCUCAGCCUCAGCGGGGUUCCUUAUCCCAACUUUUGUUGAAUUAUCACUUCAGAAAGCAAGCUUCUAGCUCAUCAACUCUUUUAUUGAUCAUGUUGCGAUUGGUUGUUUAUGACGAGGAAUGUGGAUUUUGUGCUUUUUUCAUUUCCCUAUAUAUUAUAUUUAUUGAGCCCUGGUGUUCUUAUCAUAUCCUGCUUCCACGCCAUCUUUCUCUUUUUGGCCUGAGCUUCUACGCCAUCUUAUUAAUGAUAUAGAAUGCAAGAAACAGAAAGUGGUGUCAUUUUCUAGCGUGUUGCUUAUGCCCGUAAAAGACUUGCUAAAUGCCUCGGUUUCUUUAUCUGCAGAACAUGUAUUUAGUGGUCCAGCUUCUAUCUUAAUAGAAAUGGAUAUGGAUAUGGGACAUGGCUGUAAGCCUGCCUAUAACAGUAAUAAUCGUUGAGUACAAAGGGGGUAAAAGUAAAACGAUAAUGCCAUGGCGAAGGUUGGAUUAAAGUUUAGUUUCAUGUGUUCUACCGUAGAAUGUCGGCCAAAAUGAAUUCUUGCUUUUGCGCUCAAAUUUCUGACAUGAAUAGCAUGGUCUAACAGGGUACUAAGCUAAUGCAGUUAAAUCAUAGCUAUGCUUGGUUGGGUGGCUCUUAUGAAUAUCGCAAAGCUUCUCUUUUUCUUCUUUCUUUCUCUUAAUCAUAAAUAACGGACUCAUAAAUCAGAUAUUACUCUUCCUCCUCCUCAGUGUCUUGAGGUGAU